CCCGCACUUGGGUUUUUGUUUGCUACAACGACAUACAGACGACGAUAUGCGAUAUCGUGACAUAAACACAUACGACUUUAUACCCGAAUUUGAACAAUCUUAGAAUACGAUACUGAUAGCCGGCUUAGCCGCAUAACCCCGGGAGAGGGAAAGAAUAAUUGAAAUCGUACUACUCAGUGGUUCAUACGGCACGGUUCCAUAAUUGAUCACGACCCGAGAAGAGGCAGCAGUUAUGAAUGCCUGACACCACACACCUGGUUACAACUCACAACUCACUACCAACUCGCAUGAAAGUCCAAUCCGAUCUAACGUUUCACAACACCUCCCUACAAGAACCAAGCUUAUGAGCAGCUUGUCCAUGACCUAUCUAUCCUGGAUCAAUAUCUGGAAAAAAGAGUGAUAUUAUAGCUAGCAGCCUUGAAGCUAAUCAAUCCUACGCAAAUCCGGGAAAAAAAAAGCAAAUCCACAAAAUAUCGAGAACCGCCAACGUGCAAUAUGGCAGACUACGGCCGCCAGUCCAAUGAACUGCCAACCCUCCACCUUGUUGACCAUGAAGCAAUCGCCAACAUGUCGCUAGGAAAUAAUACCAGUCCCCCGCCAGAAGAUGGCCCCGGCCCCAUCUCUUCGACGAACGGUUCCGGAGCUGAAGCUCUCGAGCCCAGUCCCAUCCAACCCGAGCCUGAAAUACCUACGGAAGUGCAAGAUGUAUUGGCCUCUGAUAUUGGCGUUUCUACCAUGUUGAACAGGCUCAAGCAAAGUAUUACGGCGGCUAAGGAGUUUGCCACAUUCCUGAAGAAACGAUCGGACCUCGAAGACCAACACGCGAAAGGGCUGAAGAAGUUAUGCAGAUCGACACAGGAUAGCAUUCGUCACCACGACCAUAGGCAAGGGACGUUUGCGCAAUCAUACGAAGAGAUGCUCAUGAUACACGACCGAAUGGCCGAAAACGGAAUACAAUUUGCACUGUCCUUGCACCAGAUGCAUGAAGAUCUCCUUGAGGUGGCCGCGGUAGCCGAGAAGCACCGCAAAGGGUGGAAGCAGAACGGCUUAGCCGCGGAACAACGCCUAACUGACGUAGAGAAUGCGAUGCGCAAGUCUAAGACAAAGUACGAUUCGCUGGCCGAGGAGUAUGACCGGGUGAGAACUGGUGAAGCGAGACAAGGUCCCAGAGUUUUCGGCAUCAAAGGCCCCAAGUCGGCUGCGCAACACGAGGAGGAUUUGUUGCGCAAGGUGCAAGCAGCCGACACGGAUUACAUGGGAAAGGUGCAGACGUAUCAGUCGGAGAAGGCAACUAUAGAAUCAACCACACGACCGGAAGCUGUCAAAGCGCUGCAAGAUCUCAUCAGAGAAUGUGACUCUGGUACUACCUUACAGAUGCAGAAGUUUGCGUCGUUCAACGAGAAGCUAUUGUUGAGUAACGGUCUAGUGAUAAGCCCUCUUGAGGGUACCACUCAGCCAGGUCAGCACUCUCGCAGUCUCAAGGAGGUUGUCCAAGCUAUCGACAACAAGAAGGACCUUCAAAACUAUAUAAUUAGUUACCAUAGCAAGGUUCCGGCCAGAUCUUCGGAAGCAAAAUACGAAAGGAACCCAGUGCUUAAUCCUCAACAGAAUACGUCGACGAGCCAGAUGACACAGUUUCCACAACAACAACGACCGCCAUCGCAAACUCAGCGACAAGAGUCUCCUUUGCAGGCGCAAAUGCAACCACCAGGGUCAAUGAGUUCUCGAACUGGAGGCUACGAUACAAUAUCGUCACCAUCAGGGUUCCAAGGGCCGGCGCGGGGAUUCACCCCUCCUGGAAUGGCGCCAGGAUCGCGGCCGUCGUCAGGUCCAGGACACGAGAGAAGCUUUAGUCACGGCGCAAUGCUAAACCAAGCCAGCGCACCGCCGCCCCAGCAAUACAACACGCGAAAUUCGAUACAGGCUCCCCCCACUCAACCACGGUUCAACGGAGCGCCACAACUCGGAGCCUUGCCAUUCCAAAGCAACCCAGUGAGGGAACAAAGCCCUCAAGGUUUCCAGGCCUUGGCACAAAACGAGCAGUCUUCGGCGCGUUCGACGUCGCCGCCUGGUGCUCUCGCGCAAAAGACGGAUGGCUCGAUUUCAAGAGGACCCGUCUUUGGUAUCUCUCUUGAGAGGCUAUAUGAGAACAGCAAGGGACCUGUACCGAUGGUUGUAUAUCAGUGCAUUCAAGCUGUUGACUUGUAUGGUCUUGCCGUCGAGGGUAUUUACAGACUGUCCGGAUCGACAGCUCACGUGAAUAAGCUGAAGCACUUGUUUGAUACUAACGAGGAUGCGCCGAUCCUCGACUUCCGCAACCCGGAGAACUUCUUCCACGACGUGAACAGCGUGGCGGGUCUACUGAAGCAGUUCCUCCGGGACCUGCCAGACCCGCUACUAACCUCGGAGCACUACGCCGGAUUUAUCGAGGCGGCGAAGAACGACGACGACGUAGUCAGGAGGGACAGCCUGCAUGCCAUUAUCAACGCGCUGCCGGAUCCGAAUUACGCGACACUGCGCGCGCUGACGCUCCAUCUUCAUAGGGUGAUCGAGCACAGCGCCGUCAACAGGAUGAACUCUCAGAACCUAGCCAUCGUGUUCGGUCCCACGCUCAUGGGAACCGCGCCCGGCAGCAAUAUUCAGGAUGCCGGAUGGCAAGUUAGGGUCGUGGAUACGAUUCUGCAGAAUACGUAUCAGAUCUUCGAUGAGGAUUAGAUUCCUCUAUCGGAGGGAGGGAAAGGGGGCAGAGCUUGUACGAGGCUUGUACGGCUGUAUGAGUGUACUGCUGUGCGGCAUUAGGGCGGCUACGCAUCGCUCUUAACCUUAUUGCUUAUUGUCUAAGAGUAAAAUUUUUUUUUAUCUAAUGGAGUUGGAGGCUGGAGAGGGAGGCGGCGGAUCGGCGGA